UUAGAAAACAAAUUUAUCUGACUAACCAACCUCAUUCUAGGAUUUGGGCUGAGGAAUUGGAAUACACUGGUAAAUAAGAUAGACAUGGUCACUGACCCCCAAGGAACUUGUAGUCUAGUGGCUUCAUCAUGAAAAUAAACAUCUGUGUAUUGAACUGACUUUUUCUUGUGGUUGAAAGCCUGAAGGCUUAUUAAGCAUCAAAAGUGUUGGUAUAGACUUCAAUUAGGGGCACAGAGAGGUUUGUGGAUUAGGACUGUUUGAGAAUUUUAUUGAUGUCUAUGUUCUUUACUCAAAGACCACCAGGAACAUACCUGUAGUUAAGUAAGUUGGGUUUAUUACUCAGUGCUGUGAGGGAGAACACAUGACAUGGGGGGCUGUGGGGUGUAGGAAAGCAUAUAUUCUAGUUUUGAACUUUGGUUGAGUGAUUGGGGGAUGGGUCUUUGGAAACAAGUUGUAUUAGUUUCCUAGGCCUUUUGUAACAAAGUACCACAAACUCAGUGACUAAAAACAAUAGAAAAGUAUUCUCUCACAUUUCUGGAGCUGGAUGUUUGAAAUCAAGGUGUCAGCAGGGUCAUGCUUCUUCUGAAGGCUCUGUGGAAAAAAACCUUCCUAUAUCUUCCUAAUGUCUGAUGGUGGCCAACAAUCCUUGGUGUUCUUGGCUUGCAGCUGCAUUUCUCUAAUCUUUGCCUCUGUUCACACAGAUUUCUUCCCCUUGUCUCUAAGUCUCUCCUUUAUAAGGACACUAGUCCCACUCUAAUCCAGUAUAACUUCAUCUUAAUUUGAUUACACCUGCAAAGACCCUAUUUCCAAAUAAGGCAACAUUCUGAGAUUCCAGGUGGACAUGAAAUUUUUUAAAAGUACAUUUAUUUGUUUGUUUGUUUGUUUGUUUUUAGAGCAGUUUUAGGUUUAUAACAAAAUUGAAUGGAAGGUACAGAGGUUUCCCAUAUACCCUGCUGCCUCCACCAAUGCACAGCCUCUUCUGCCUUCAACAUCCUCCACCAGAAGGGUAUCCACUACACACACCCUGUCUGAUCCUCCAGUGGAAACAAGAGGAGGACCUGGAGAUAGCAAAGAGAGGACCUGUCGAGCAGGAGCACCAGGAAGGUUUUGAGACUCGAUUUAAAGCUAAUGAAUCAGUCACUUCGCAAGAUAUCCAUGGAGAAAAAAAAUCCAGUGAACAGGGAAUAGUAAGAUUCAGAAGGAAUGAUUCCUGGUCGUCUAUCUUAUACAAAAACUGGGAAUACCGUGGUGUUGAUUAUAAGAACAAAAACCAUGAGAGACAUUUGAGAAGUCAUGUGAUGGAGGACAUCUAUGAAUGUAAUGAAGCAGAUCAGUGUCGACAAAUCUUUGGCUUAAUUUCAGAUCUUAAUAUACUCAAGAGAACUACUGACGUAAAAUCCUAUGAAUGCUAUGAGUGUAAAAAGAUCUUCAUGGAUCAUUUAUCCCUUAAGAAUCACAUCAGCUCUCACACUGGAAGCAAACCCUAUCAGUGUAAGGAAUGUGGGAAAGCUUUUCAUUUUCUCGCUUGUUUUAAGAAGCAUAUGAAAACUCCCACUGAAGAGAAACCCUAUGAAUGUAAGGAAUGUACCAAAGCCUUCGGUUGUUCUUCAUUCUUUAGGGCACAUAUGAAGAUUCACACUGGAAAGACAAACUGUGAAUGUAAAGAAUGUGGAAAAACCUUUAGCUGUUCUUCAUCUCUAACAGAACACAAAAGAAUUCAUAGUGGAGAUAAGCCUUAUGAAUGUAAGGAAUGCGGGAAGGCCUUUAGUUGUUCCUCCUCACUGUCCAAACACAAAAGAAUUCAUAGUGGAGAUAAGCCAUACGAAUGUAAGGAAUGUGGGAAGGCCUUUAGUUCUUCCUCUCACCUUAUAAUACAUAUAAGAAUUCAUACUGGAGAGAAGCCUUAUGAAUGUAAAGAGUGUGGAAAGGCCUUUAGUGAGUCCUCAAAACUCACAGUACAUGUCAGAACACAUACAGGAGAGAAACCCUAUAAAUGUAAGGAGUGUGGGAAGGCCUACAAUUGUCCCUCUUCCUUAAGUAUUCAUAUGAGAAAACACACUGGAGAGAAACCCUAUGAAUGUCUAGAAUGUGGAAAAGCUUUCUAUCUUCUCACUUCCCUUAAUACACAUGUGAAAAAUCAAAGUAGAGAGAAACCCUAUGAAUGUAAGGAAUGUGGAAGAGCCUUUAGUUGUCCCUCCUCCUUUAGAGCACAUGUGAGAGAUCACACUGGAAAGAUACAAUAUGAAUGUAAGGAAUGUGGGAAGGCUUUUAGUCGUUCCUCAUCCCUCACUGAACACUUGAGAACUCACAGUGGAGAGAAGCCUUAUGAAUGUAAGGAAUGCGGGAAAGCCUUUAUUAGUUCUUCCCACCUUACAGUCCAUGUAAGAACUCACACUGGAGAGAAACCUUAUGAAUGUAAGAAAUGUGGAAAAGCCUUUAUUUAUCCUUCAGCCCUUAGGAUCCACAUGAGAACGCACACUGGGGAGAAACCCUAUGAAUGUAAGGAAUGUGGGAAAGCCUUUCGUCAUUCUUCAUACCUUACUGUACAUGCCAGAAUGCACACUGGAGAGAAACCAUUUGAGUGUCUAGAAUGUGGGAAAGCCUUCAGUUGUCCCUCAUCCUUUCGAAGACAUGUAAGGAGCCACACUGGUGAGAAACCAUAUGAAUGUAAGGAUUGUGGGAAAGCCUUUGUUUGUCCUGCCUACUUUCGAAGACAUGUGAAAACACAUAUUAGAGAAAAUAUAUGAAUGUUGAGAAAUUUGGAAAUGUCUGCAAGGCUUUUCAAAUCUUGUAACGUGAGAUCUCACACUGUGGAGACAUCCUUUGAAUGUAAGAAAGUAUGAAAUUGUUGCUCAUCUUUUUGAAGACUCUUGAGAACUCACAACUGAGAAGCCCUGUGUAUGUAAACCAUGUGGCAACGCCUUCAUGAAUAUCACUUAUAAGUCAAAAUUUAUAAGCAAUUCAUACUAGAAGCAGAGAUCAGUGCCUCACCCUUAGAAUGGAAUGUUGGCUCAUUGAUUUCCAGUUUUUAUUUUUCGAUAGGAAUAUUUAAGGUGAUAAUUUUCCUCUAAUACCUUUCACCUCUAAUAUGUUGUAUUCUGAAGUGCUUUUAUUUUGGUUCAGAUGUAAAUGUUAUUUCCAUCACUAAGUCUUGGACCUAUGGGGGCCUUGAAGUGUAUUUUUUUUUUUCAUAUCCAGGCAGGAAGGGUCCUUUUAAAAAUUAGUUUCUGAUCAACUCAUUGCUCUCUUAAGUGUGCUGUCAUUAUGGUAUGGGCACUUUGGUAUUUGUAAUUUCUUUUACAAUUUUCUUUUGUAAUUGGUAAUUUCAUUUUGAUUUAGUUCGGCAGAUUCUGGAAAUUGCCUACCCAAUAUCUCCGCCCCCCCUUUUUUAUUUUACAAAAAACCUACAUUUUUUGAUGUUAUCAGUUGACUAUUGUAAGCUAAUAAGUAAUUAAUAAGAUUAGUGCAGAAAUUAAUAAGACACUUGCAAGAAGUGUCUCAUCUGAUAUGUUUUUGUAUUUUGUUCUUUGUCCUUGCUCAUGGGCGAGAAAUGGACCUAGUGUUUUGAGAUUAAAGAGGGACUUUGUCACAAGAAAGCUAGAAGUAAAGUUGGUUGGGCUGGCUUGUUGUGUUAAUUUGGGCAUGGCUGGGACUCCAUUUCCCAGAACCACUUCCAUAUGCAGUUCCAGGUUAGAGUUGUCUAAAAUAAAGAGUUUGCAUGAAAAUUGGAAGGCCGAGGCUAGGAUCCAUGAUUUUUAGUUUAAUGAGGCCGUGAGACAGGGAGCCAUAUGCAUAGGUGUCUCGUGGGCUCUCGUUUCUUCUCAUUUUCCUGAUUACUGGCCCCACUAAUCAAUACUGGCUCAGAUGGAACAGUAAGCACGUGACUUGUUACCUCAGAAGCAGCAGCUCCACAGACAUCUCUGUAAAUUCCUCCAUCAUGGCCACACACAGCCUCUCAGAUCUUCUGGCAGGUUCUAGCAUUGUCAUUUUGCUGAUAUUACAGUUCCUCCGGCACAUCAACUGAUUAUAUAGAAUUGGACCCAGUUUGGAGCAGGAUUGUUGUCAUCUACACAGUCCAGUUCUAUUAUGUCACCCUACUCAAGGGGAAAGAUACAUCUAUAUAAGUUACUGUAAUCUCAAAAUAAGAAGAGCUGUGGACAGUGAAAAUUAGAUAUAAUUGAGGUAAGCAUCAGAUAAGGUGUGAUCCCAUUUAGCUGUGGACAGUGAAAAUUAGAUAUAAUUGAGGUCAGCAUCAGAUAAGGUGUGAUCCCAUUUAUAUUUGACACCUUCAAACAGGGAAGAUUUUACCACUUUUUUAUCUGAUAAUUUAGAAGUUAUUUGGUUUGUGCUUUAUCUCUAAAAGUACAGUCCUGCGUUACAUAACAUUUUAGUCAACAACAGACUGCAUAAGAGUAUAUUAGAGCUGAAAAAUUCCUAUUGCUGAAACAGUCUAUGAUGUUUGCACAAUGAUGAAGUUUCUCCAUAUAUCCCAGUCGUUAAGUAGCACAUCACUGUAUAUCUAUACCACUUUCCCUUAAUUACUUUUUAUUUUAUUAAGGCAUACAUACAUAUGCAUGAAGUGUGCCACUCUUAAGUGUACAGCUUAAUGUAACUUCACAUAUGUAUACACUCUGACAAACAGAACAUUUUCCAGAACUCUAGAAAGUUCAUUAAUCUGCCUUCUCAAUAAUUGCUCCACAGAAGCAACCACAAUUUGACUUUUAUUACAAUUUAUUAUGUUUGCGUGUUCUUGAUUUUUAUAUAAAUUAAAAUACAGUACAUACAGUUAUGUGUUUGGCUUCUUUUCUCAACAUAAUGUCUGUUUGCCUUUUAAUUGUGCUUUUGACAGACUUACACUUAUUUCUGUUGGGAAAUGCUUUGUAUGUAGAAAUGAGAUUAGUGCAUCAAAGGGUAGACUUUAUGGUAGGUAUUCCAGUUUUUAAAAAGGUUGAUUCCACCUAUAAUCCUAAAAGCAAUGCAUGAAAAUUCCAAUUGUUCCACAUACCUGGCCAGCCCUUUCUAAUUUUAGUCAUUCAGCAGAAGAUGUGGUAAUAUCUUGUUUUUGGUUUUAAUUUGCGUUUACCUGAUAUGAUGUCAAAUGCUUAUUUUUAUCUACUUAUUGGGUAUUUGGAUAUCUUUUAUGAGAUUUGAAGCAUGUACCCCCUCGUUUUUUUAAAUUUGAAGCAUUUUCUUCUGGUUACUUGUCCUUUAUUGUAUGCAUAUCUCUAUAGUUGCAUAUAUAUGUAUACAUAUAUAUACCAUGUAUUAUAGAUUAUAUGUAUGUUAUGUACAUCAUAUAUACAUAUAUUGCAGAUAAUUUUUCCCAGCCUCAAGCUUGUCUUUUUACUCUUUUCAUAUUUGUUAGAUAUAAAGGGAAUUUAUUAGUUUAAUUACUGAAAAGUCCUUGAGUAUAAUUAGCCUCAGGCAUGGCUGUUUCCUGGGGCUAAAAAGAUACUAUUUGAAUGAAUUCAAUUUCAAUAUCUUGGCUAUACAUAUUUCUGCAUUGGUUGUUCUUCCUGGCAGGCUGUCUCUCUUCAUUGUGGGACUUAGAAGAUUCAAGUAGCUUUCUUUCCAGGUUGAAUUCUCAGGGAGAAGAGAAUGAUGGUCUCUUAUGACAAUUCCAAUAUGAUUAUUGAAAUUGAAUUUGAUUGACUUACUUGUUCACUGUUAUCCACGGGAAUGUAAUACUCUGAUUUCUUUAGGACUAGCUCCAGUUCUCAUCCAGAAACCAGAGUAGAAUCUGCACCAAAUGAAUUAUAGAGUCCUGGCAAUUGUGAUGUAUAUCGGGAGGGGAGGAGACAGCAGUGGGCAGGUGGGAUCUAGAAAUAAAGGUAAUAAUGUCAGCUACCAUGCUGUGCUUACUCUGGGUUUUCAAUGGGAAGGAACUAUGAAGUUUGGGAACUCAGCCAGGGCUAAGUAGUUCUGGACAUUUUUCCUGAAAGGGUAUCUGUUAACAUGUCUCGAAAUUGUAAAAGAUUGCUUCUCAAUCUUUAUGUUGUUUUGUAGUAUUUUUGGAAAUCAGGUAGUGAGAGCCUUCCAACUUUUUAAUUCUUUAAUAUUGUCUUGCCUUUUUAUUCACCGUUUGUUUCUAUAUUUUAGAAUCUUAUUUAUUUUUACAAAUCUAGGAUUAUGCUUGGAACUGCAUUGAAUGUAUAGAAUAACCUGAAUAAAAUUGACAUGUUUACAGUA